AUGAAGGCUGACGGUCGAAAACGUGUCUGUUAUUCAACGCGGGAUACUGUAGGCAUCAUUUCCCAAAAGAUCCGUUCUGAAAAGCCUUUGGAGUUGGGCCUUAACUGCUCCUUAAAUCAAGGGGAUGCACAAAAUCGAUAUAGAAACGAGAGACAUUAUGAGGGAGACAUCACAUUGUGAGACAUAUGAGUGAACCACUCAGCACACCGUCUUACGUCAUCGAUCAGGUUGUUGAAUUGUUCGAAUUGGACGAGCUGCCUCUGUUCUCUGACAUUUGCUCCUUGA